AUGACCGUACCUUCAAUCAAACUUUCAUCCGGGCACGAAAUGCCUAUUGUGGGACUCGGGACAUGGCAAAGUAAGCCCGGAGAGGUAGGAAAAGCUUUGGAGACAGCUCUAACGGCUGGAUAUCGUCACAUCGAUUGCGCGUGGGCGUAUGGCAAUCAAGUAGAAAUCGGAGAAACGUUGACAAAAAUGUUCUCGUCCUCCCUCAAGAGAGAGGAUGUAUUCAUCACUUCCAAGGUGUGGAACACUUUUCAUUCAACUGAUGCUUGCAAGAAACACGUUCUGAACAUUCUGGAUCAAUUACGAUUGGACUAUAUCGAUUUGAUGCUCAUUCAUUGGCCCAUGGGUUACGAGGAGGGUGGAGAGCCAUUUCCAAAGAGACAAGAUUCAGACAAGAUGAAGUACUCGGACGUGGACUACCUCACGACAUGGAAAGUUCUGGAAGAUUUUGUAAACGAGGGAAAGAUCCGCAGCAUAGGGAUAUCAAAUUUCAAUCAUAAACAAAUCGAACGAGUUAUCUCUAACUCAACAAUCAAACCAGCAGUUCUGCAGGUCGAACUACAUCCUUAUUUCCAACAAAAGAAAUUGAGAAAUUUCUGCAAAGAAAAUGGUAUAGCAGUUACGGCUUACAGUUCGCUCGUUGUUAAAAAGAUCGCUGAGGCACAUGGAAAGACAACGGCACAGGUCGCUCUUCGAUGGGCCACACAGUUAGAUGUGAUUGUGAUUCCCAAGUCGACCUCUGAAGCCCGUAUCAAAGAAAAUUUGGCAUUGUUCGACUUUAAACUAACGGACGCUGAAAUGAAAGAGAUGGAAGGACUCGAUCGAGGAUGGCGAAUCGUUGAUCUCACUGCCAGAGACUCGGAUCAUCCUUAUUUCCCAUUCCUGGAAGAGUACUGA